AAAAUGCGUAUUUUCUUUUCGUUCGCAAAAAUACUUACAUUAGAAAUUCGGAAAAUCUAUAUAGGGCUGGCUCUGGCUCGGAAGGCUGUUAGUUGCUAGUCUGGAGUCUUGACCCAAGAUUCGAGUUGAAUUCGCUCUCGGGGGACCAGGGUCAGGGCCAAGAACAGCAAGAAUUUUCUUGUUCAACUUCAAUUCAUAUGAAUGUAAUGUAUCAGAUCGGAGUUAACGAAUAAUCUGAAGUUGGGAUCUGUUAAUGGCUAGGAUCUUCGAGUACUUCGUAGUAUGUGGUAUCGGGACAGAGAUACGGACCUUGGAUGGGAACAGAGGGUACCAUGGCGCAGGGGUCAUGUAUAUGCCAGCCCUUCUUGAUCAGUACCCUCCUUCCAAUCAUACUCUCUACCCUCCCCCUCCUCCUCAGCUUCCUACUUGUGUUCUACCAGCUGGUGUGGAAUUCUACGGGUCAGGUUUUGAUUCAAAUGAUCCAUCAACUCUCCCCAGGAGUUAUCCUAUUGUUUUGACUGAGGGUGAUGGGUCAAAGAUCUAUGUCAGUUGCAUCGCAUUUCGGGAUCCUGUUUGUGAGGAUAUUGCUGAAGCUUACCGCAUUCCUGUAAAUUCAUAUGCUGACAAGUGCAUCUGUAUUGUCUCACGCUCUCCCAGUUUUCAAAUCCUUCGAGAUGCCCUGGAGGAAAUUUUUGUGCUUUGUUUUUCCUCCUCUGGAAGCAGCAAGCCACUGUGGGAUGUUAUAGCAUAUUCAGUCUCCAAUGUACCUUUGCCAACACCUGGAAAAGAUAGGGUGCUAUUUGCUAUUGAGAACAGCCUUCUCUCUGUUGAAGUUCCACCAAAGGAGGGCCUUCCUCAUGCUGAUAUAUCAUUUCAGCCUUUGCUUCAGUGUUUGGAUGUGGACAAUGUAAUCCAAUUAUUUACAGCUGUUCUACUCGAGAGAAGGAUUUUGCUUCGAUCGAACAUGUAUUCUCUGUUAACACUUGUAUCAGAAGCCAUAUGCCAUUUAAUAUAUCCAUUUCGGUGGCAGCAUGUCUACAUUCCAUUGCUGUUUUUCAGUGGAGUAGACUAUAUUGAUGCUCCUACGCCAUACAUGAUGGGCCUUCACUCUGGCGUGGAUACUUAUGGGCUUACGAUGGAUGGUGUAGUUAUUGUGGACCUUGAGCAUAAUCGCAUCACUACAACAGAGGACAUUCCUCCCAUACCAGAGCCAGAAUAUAGUACCCUGCGUGGUGACAUUAUGAAGUUGUUGUAUCCAAAUGUUGUUGGAAUAGACCAAAUGAAGUCUACUCGAGCAAAUGUCUCCGAUCAGUUCCAACGAGGUGGCAACAGACCAUGGGGAGAAGAACACGACAUUCAAAUUAGAUUUACAUUCUUAAAGUUCUUUGCAUCAAUACUUGGUGGCUACCGUAAUUUCAUAGAAAAUACCGCAACACAGGUCUUCAACUCUCAGGCUUUCCUGAAGAAGCGCUCUCGGUCAACAAACCAGCCACCAGAUUCAAUGAUAAGCCAGUUUUUAGAUUCCCAGGGUUUCUUGGAUUAUUUGGAGAGAGGUCUUGGUUCUGAAGAAAACAAUAAUAAUCUCCUAGAUAAGUUACAAGAUGCAAUUGGCAGGGGUCAAAAUCCUCUUUCAGUUCUUCCUUCACUUAUGGCAGAGCCAGAGAUCAUAACUAUAUCUGAUCCGGGUGUGGGGAUUUCAGGAUCAGGUGCCAAAUACUGUUAUGACAGGUUUCCUGCAAAUAUCAGAACGGAAGAGCAGGAGGAAAAGAGGAAGCAGAUUCUAGCAACAGCAAGUGGAGCACUUGAAUAUUCUGGGAGGCAUACUACUAGUUCACUUUCAGUACUUGCUGGAAAUGAUUCAAAGGCCGAAAGCCUAAGCCCCAGAGAGCGAGCUGCAGAGAGGGAACGUAUGGUUUUGGACAUAAAAGUUAAGCUUCAGGGAUUGUGGGUACGCCUUGUGAAUUUGGGACAAACUGAUGAUCCUCUUUCCUCCUUUGAAUAUGGAACCAUCCUCGCACUUAUUGAGUCAGAUGCUGAAGGAAUUGGUGGUAGUGGUUUCGUUGAAUGUAUAAGAGAGCACAUUCAUUCAGGUUUGAACUGUCAAUUGUCAGAGGAGCAGUUUAUUGCAGUCAAAGAACUGCUGAAAACAACAAUUAAUCUUGCUAUGUCUAGGAAUGACAUGGCAACUGUCAGAGAUGCCCUGGAAGUCUCUGCAGAAAUGUACAAGAAGGAUAUAAACAAUGUCUCAGACUAUGUUCAACGACAUCUUCGUUCUCUUUCUAUCUGGGAGGAGCUACGUUUCUGGGAAGGAUACUUUGAUUGUCUACUGGACCGUUAUUCUAGCAAGUCAACCAAUUAUGCUACGUUGGUGACAACCCAGCUCAUUGUUCUGGCCACCCACAUGGCUGGCCUUGGACUUCAUGACACUGAUGCAUGGUACAUGAUUGAAACAAUAGCUGGGAAAAACAACAUUGGGUACAAGCAUAUUAUAAAACUCCGUGGAUAUUUAUCCCAUGUCCGGCAUAUGUUUGUUGGUUAUUGGGGAAUCCACUCAGUUAAGUUACAGUCUGCAUCUACCUUGGGAUUACCUUCCCCGCGAGCACAGGAUGCAUCUGAUGAUGCUCAGCAACCUGCUGAGGCAUCUGGUAUCGGAAGAAGCUGGGUCCAGAGCAUGUUCAGCAGGGAUACGUCAAUAAGAGCCAAGUCUUUUGGUCGUGUCGGCAAUUGGUCUUCUGAUAGUGGCACUCUAGCUUCAAGCGAGAAUGGGACUCCUCGAAAACAAGAUCUAUCAGCAGCUGGACAAAAGAAAAUGCAAACCAGCAUCCGUACAUUAAGGGGUCAUAGUGGUGCAGUUACCGCUCUACAUUGUGUGACGAAAAGAGAGGUUUGGGAUUUAGUUGGUGACCGAGAGGAUGCUGGUUUCUUUAUUAGUGGAAGCACAGACUGCACGGUUAAGAUCUGGGAUCCUAGCCUUCGUGGUGCUGAACUUAGGGCUACUCUGAAUGGGCACACAAGGACUGUUAGGGCAAUUAGUUCUGACCGAGGGAAGGUGGUAUCAGGAUCCGAUGAUCAUUCUAUUCUUGUAUGGGACAAACAAACAACACAACAACUUGAAGAAUUGAAGGGCCACAAUGCACAGGUCAGCUAUGUGCGCAUGCUUUCAGGUGAACGUGUCCUUACUGCUGCCCAUGAUGGGACUGUAAAGAUGUGGGAUGUAAGAACAGAUACUUGUGUUGCUACGGUAGGCCGUUGCUCUGGUGCUGUUCUUUGCAUGGAGUAUGAUGACUCGACAGGAGUCUUAGCUGCUGCAGGCAGAGAUGCGGUUGCAAACAUUUGGGAUGUUCGUGCUGGGAGGCAAAUGCACAAGCUUAUGGGACAUACAAAAUGGAUAAGAUCAAUUAGAAUGGUGGGAGACACGGUGAUAACAGGUAGUGAUGAUUGGACGGCACGAAUCUGGUCUGUUUCUAGAGGACAAUGUGAUGCAGUGCUAGCUUGCCAUGCUGGUCCAAUUCUAUGUGUGGAGUAUUCCUCAGCGGACAAAGGGAUAAUAACAGGUUCAAGCGAUGGUCUUCUGCGGUUCUGGGAAAAUGAUGAUGGCGGCAUAAGGUGUAUAAAGAAUGUCACUAUCCAUACUGCUUCAAUAUUGUCCAUCGAUGCUGGGGAACACUGGUUAGGAAUAGGGGCUGCUGAUAAUUCAAUGUCUCUCUUUCACCGUCCUCAAGAGAGGCUAGGUGGCUUCUCUAGUGCUGGUUCAAAGAUGGCCGGAUGGCAGCUCUACAGAACUCCUCAGAAAACAGCAGCAAUGGUACGAUGUGUGGCUUCUGAUCUUGAAAGGAAAAGGAUUUGUAGUGGUGGACGCAAUGGGUUGCUUCGACUGUGGGAUGCUACUAUAAACAUCUAGGUUUUCAUAAUUAUACUUACCUUGACGGUUUCAAUGGAUGAUCAAGAAGGCUCGUGGUUAGGCUGGUUACCUCUGUCUCACAUGGUAAGGGCGACUGUCGCAUAUACUUGGGGAUUAUGUGUAUAAGUUUGCUCUAUUUGGUUGAACUAAUCACUAUGUACAUGCAUUGUACAUGUAUCUUGUAUAAAUCUUUACAAAAUUUGUACUCAAAAUAGUCAACUUUUAAGCUCGUGAAAAUUCUUGAACAUUUGCCUGA